GGACCCUGUAAUUAAUAAAAUUUUAACUAAACCCAAGCAUACCACUGCAAGACUUCAAGACACAGUAAGUUCAUUUUGCGUAGAUCGGACCAAAAUUAAUAAUUAAAAAAGCUGAAGGUACUCCACGCAAACUCUGACAUCAGGACGUCAAUCACCUCAGUCCCUCGUGGCCAUGGAUGCUGUAAACUACCCGAAACAUCGAGUAUUAAUGAAAAAUAAGUUAAUUUAAUGCGAAAGAAUCCGUUAAAGUAGUUUUAUUCAAAAUGACGCAUAUAUACCCUAUAUUAAUAAUUUAAGUCAAUUACAGUACAACACUUUUAUUAUCGAACUCACUAUCUAAUUCACUCGUAUCGUUAGCCAUAGACCAUAGAUCAGAAUACAAUAUCAUGUUUGCAGGCAAACGAUUGUUCUGACUUUUUACUCAUUUUUUUUUGUGGAUUAAAAAUCCCUUUUAAAGUGAUAAAAAUCAAGGUCCUUACUUUUAAUCAAUAACAUAUAUUUUUUAAUUAUUAAUUAUUAAUAUUAAUGUAUAUAUUAAUAAGUUCAUUAUUGUAUAAGUUAAUAUUUUUACAAUAGCGAACAGUGACAUGGAGGACAGUGAUAGGGAAAUUCAUGAAAGGGCAACGGAAACCAAGGGGUCAGCAGCUGGCCGACUUCAUUGAGAAAGAGGAACUCUUUAUGAUGAACUCUUUCUUCCAGGAGGGGCCCCACAGAAAGUGGACUUGAUCAAGCCCCGACGGUCACACAAAAAUUGAGAUUGACUUUAUUAUGACGACGAGACGGCAACUGUUCAAUGAUGACUCAGUGAUAGCGAGGGUGAAAACUGAUAGCGAUCACUGAAGGUAUAUUGAACCUUAAUGUUAAGUUGCAGAGUUUACGUCUAAUGAAGUCAACGCUCCGUCACGCUCCCGCUCUGAAUGAAGCUGCAGUCUUGAGCAGAUACGAUAGCAUACAGGCAACUGAACAGACAGAUCUCCAAAUGCGUGCGGCGGCACAUCCGCAACUUCAAUAAAGCUCGUAUUGAAGAAAUAAUCGAGCGAAACCCAGGCUCCAAAGUCAAAGUCAAACAAAAGGCAAGCUGUUGACCGAAUUUGGUACUAUCGUUACAAGUGUGGCGGCGCUGUCGUCGCGCCACAAGCGAAACAUAUCGAAGCCUAAACCACGCUAACAAAGUUCUGAAGUUAAAAGCAGUAUAUAUAGAACAGCUCCGAACUACCACUUGGAGCGUCGGCCGCUCCCCGGGCAGAACACCUUGCCCGGCGGGAGAUCUCCCCUUUUUCUUCCACCUGCCACAGUGGUGACUACCCGACGUGAUAUGAACACGCAACCAACAAACUUCAGCAAUCUACAACUUCAAGCUUUCGACUUCGUCCUCAAGUACCCCAUUCAUUCGCUCCCGAGCAGAUAUUGUCUGCCGUCUUCACAUUCUGCAAACCAUCUAGCUUUACAAAAGGUACAUCGCAGCACUGGAAUAAUAAUGCUUCCUGUUCCUUCAAGCUACUCUUUGCGCUACAGUGUUCGGCACGGCUCUGAGCCUUACUGCUCGCCUCUGCUUAACAGCACUCUCGCAGGUCACUUGCCUUCUUCUCGACCCACCGCAGACUACAAGGCAAUACCCUGGCACUUGCAAAUUCGUCGACAUCUAGACUGCACUAUCGACCUCCAGUCUGAGAAGAGGGGUUAUGUGGCGGCGCUGUCGUCGCACCUCAAGCGAAACAUAUCGAAGCCUAUAUCGCGCUAACAAAGUUCUGAAGUAAAAGCAGUAUAUAUAGAAUAGCCCCGAGCUACCACUUGGAGCGUCGGCCGCUCCCCGGGCAGAACACCUUGUCUGGCGGGAGAUCUCCUCUUUUCCUUCCACCCGCCACACCAGGAUACCUGAGAUUUUGAGUGAGAUUGAGAGGUUCUACGGGCAGCUAUAGAUGCCAUCGUUGGAGCAACACGGAAGUGUACACAAUAAUGCGGCGUUUAUUAAGCAUCACACUUGUCACCAUCGCAUUUGAUUACGUAUCUUCACAAGAGAACCGAGAACACCAAGGACCUCAAACAUGCGGUGGACAUUUAAAGGGCCAUGUGGGAAUAAUACAGACGCCAAAUUUUCCAAAUCCGUUUCCAGUUCCAAUAAAAUGUCGAUGGGUCAUCGAGCAUGAUAUAGUUAAUGGCACUAUAUCGAUAUAUUUCACACAACAGUAUACCACGAGUGGGUUAACGUUCACUGAGUACAUGUAUUACGAUGAAUCGUAUAAAUUAGGCGAGAGAAGAGCCUUGACAGUUACAGAGGAGAAUAUAACAAGGAUUAAGUGGUUACAAGUCCAAAGUCCUGUUCUGGUCAUAGAAUUAAAUUUAGAUAGAUUAGAGGGAACCCAGCUAAGAGCGCUAGGCCUGCUGUCAGUAUUCGGAUUCAACGUUACUUACGUUGUUCAAAAACCUCAAGACCCACCGGGGCCAUCAUCAUGCAGCGCGAUUGAGUGUCGACUUUUAGGACACUGUUAUGCUAGACACGAUUACAAGUAAGUUUGAUUGUUUAAACCUCCUUACGCAAAACUGCGUCAACCCAC